ACUACCACUACUCGUACCCCCAAACACAAAAAAAAAAUAUAGUAACUACACCUGCUUCGCCUUUCCCUCGAUUGAAUGGCUUCCAGUGCUAGUCCUGUCGUCGUGAAAGCUGGCUAUUGGUUUUUCGGGCCUGACUUGAACCGGCAAAUAGCAGAAAUACCUUCCGAACUCUUCACACAUCUUUAUGCUGGCUUUGCCGUGGUCAACAGUGAUACUGGCGGGGUGACCUUUCCUCCCGAAUACGAGGAACAAUUCCAAACCUUCCCCGACACGGUUCGAGUACGAAACCCUUCGGUGAAAACUCUUUUAUCCAUCGGUGGUGACGGCACUGACCUAUCUGCAGUGGUGGCAAGCAGUGAUAAGCGUAAGAAUCUCAUAACGGAGUCCAUAGAUCUAGCCAAGAAGUUCCAUUUCGAUGGCCUGGACCUCUGCUGGCUGUACCCCUCCAAAGCCGACCAGGAGGGACCGUUUGCCUCGCUCCUCAAUGAAUGGCGAUCUGCCCUGGACUUAGACUUCGCGGAGACAACGCAGGCAGCUAAUAAGUUGCUUCUUACUGCGGCGGUGUUUCAUCACCCGGGCAUUCCUGAUAAAGACGGUAGCAUUACUUUCAAUUAUCUCAAUCCGGCUAUAAUUACUGCUGUUAAUGUAAAGUUGGAUUGGAUCAACGUACUGGCCAUUGACUUCUAUAGUCCCUCCAACUCACCCGAGCAGACUGGACCGGUUCAUGCGUGGCGUAAUCCUCGAGAGCAAAACAGGUGUGGAAGUGAAGGCAUUAAAAAAUGGAUUGACGGAGGGAUUGCGGCCAACAAAUUAGUCCUCGGCCUUCCAUUUUAUGGCUAUGAAUGGAUUCUAACGAAUCCGAGUUCCCUUUCUGGAUUCUUUGCGCCGGCUCGUGCAGCAAGUGAACUGCCCAUGGCCUACAGAGAUAUCCUGGAUGAAUUCCUGAGGGGUACUUAUGAAACCGUGUAUGACAGCCAGUAUUAUGCUGUUUACUCGCAUAAAAUUAAUGGGGACCAAUGGAUUGGUUAUGAUGAUGGAUUGUGCAUCUUUGGAAAGGUUAGGGAGGCAAUUGACCUUAAAUUGGGCGGUUACUUUGCAUGGCGUGUGGGCGCCGACGACAACUACUGGACUCUUUCUCGUUCAGCUUCCAAUGCAGUACGGGAUAAUGCGAUUAAUAAUCCGAGCGAAAUUACAGAGGAGUCAACAAUAGACAAAUCAAUUAUGGUUGGUGAUCAUCAGCAAAAGUCAGAUCAAAACACUAGAACUAGUACUACUAGUACUACCACUAGUACUACUACUAGUACUACUACUACUGCUGAUACUAGUACUCAUACAGCUUCUAUUAAUAUAUGUAACAUAUUAUAAGCUGCUUUCAUUAUGAAUAAUAAGGCCAAUGGCUAGCUGGCUAUCAUGCUGUGUACGUAGAACUAGUACUACUAGUAUUACCACUAGUACUACUACUACUGCUGAUACUAGUACUCAUACAGCUUCUAUUAAUAUAUGUAACAUAUUAUAAGCUGCUUUCAUUAUGAAUAAUAAAGCCAAUGGCUAGCUGGCUAUCAUGCUGUGUACGUACGUUGUUUGUAAUAUUAUUAUUAUUAUAGAAUCAUGUAUUAUUAUUAUCAUCA